AUGCCACUUUCAAUCACCAUUCCUCCUUCCAAUCACCAUUCCCAGAUGAGACAACAUCACUUUCAAUCACCAUUCCUCCUUCCAAUUCCACCAGAUAGACAACAUCACUUUCAAUCACCAUUCCUCCUUCCAAUUCCACCAGAUAGACAACAUCACUUUCAAUCACCAUUCCUCCUUCCAAUUCCACCAGAUAGCAAACAUCACUUUCAAUCACCAUUCCUCCUUCCAAUUCCACCAGAUAGACAACAUCACUUUCAAUCACCAUUCCUCCUUCCAAUUCCACCAGAUAGACAACAUCACUUUCAAUCACCAUUCCUCCUUCCAAUUCCACCAGAUAGACAACAUCACUUUUCAAUCACCAUUCCUCCUUCCAAUUCCACAGAUAGACAACAUCACUUUCAAUCACCAUUCCUCCUUCCAAUUCCACCAGAUAGCAAACAUCACUUUCAAUCACCAUUCUCCUUCCAAUUCCACCAGAUGACAACAUCACUUUCAAUCACCAUUCCUCCUUCCAAUUCCACCAGAUAG